CUUUCAUCUGGUCACAGUUAAAGGAGUGUCAACUAAGACAGUACGCAUUCCACAAAAUGGAUGUGAAUAAGACAGUCGACUGCCUGGAGAUGGAUAACACCCUGCAAAAGUAUUAUCUUUCUACCAUGUAUACCAUUGAGUUCAUUUUUGGCAUAAUUGGAAACAGCAUUGUUGUCUUUGGAUACGUAUUCUGCCUGAAAGUUUGGAAAAGUGGCAAUAUUUACUUGUUUAACUUAUCGCUAUCAGACUUUGUGUUUCUGUGCACACUUCCAAUGUUGGUGACAAGCUACUCCAAAGGAAAGUGGACAUACGGGAACAUGUUGUGCCAAAGCAACAGGUUCAUGCUGCAUGUGAACCUAUACACAAGCAUCCUUUUCCUUACCUUUAUCAGCAUUGAUCGUUAUAUGCUCAUGCAAUAUCCUUUCAGAGACCAUUUUCUACAGAAGAGGAAGAUAGCUGUUGUUUCCUCUGUUGCCAUAUGGAUCCUUGUUAUACUUGAACUGGUGCCAAUAAUCACCUUUACAGGAUCUAGAAAUACUGCUAGUGAUAACCAAUGUACAGAUUAUGCAAGUUCUGGAGAUCCAGCAAAGAACCUGAUCUAUAGCAUAUGCCUGACUCUUCUGGGGUUUGUAAUCCCUCUUUGUGUUAUGUGCUUCUUUUAUGUGAAGAUGGUUAUCUUUCUUAAGAAACGUAGUGAGCAGCUCACAGCUGCGCAGAACCUUGAGAAACCUCUUUCUUUAGUCAUCAUAGCACUGGUUAUCUUUUCACUAUUCUUUACUCCAUAUCACAUAAUGCGCAAUGUGAGAAUUGCCUCCCGAAUGGAAUCCUGGAAGCUAUCUCUGUGCACACAGAACAUCAUCAACACCAUUUAUAUUAUCACAAGGCCUAUUGCAUUUUUAAAUAGCGUAAUUAACCCCGUCUUUUAUUUCCUAAUGGGUGAUCACUUCAGGGAGAUGCUGAUGACUAAAGUAAGACAACUCUUAAAAAGGUUUACACCCACAGUAAAUGAGGUGUCGACAAAGCACUCUGACACGGGAACACAUUGAGGAAUAAAGGACCCUGGUUUAUGGGACAGCAUUUACUGCUGUAUAGCAAGGCUUAUGUAGCUAGCUUCAUUUAGGCUUGGUUAGUACAUACACAAUGAAGCCAUUACUAAGCAACUGCAUAAUAGACCUGAUUUUACUCUCUUUAUUCAGGCAAAACUCUCACUGGCUUCAAUAGCUGGUUAUAAGAGUCACAGGACUGGACUAAGUAUUGCUAUAUGAUAGAAGAAUAUAAUAUUGAUGCACUUGUCUGUUUUAACUAGGAUUACCAGAUAGCAACAGUGAAAAAAUGGGACAGGGGGUGGGAGGUAAUAGGUGCCUAUAUAAGAAAAAGUCCCCAAAAAUGGGACUAUCCCUUUAAAUUGGGACAUCUGGUCACCUUAGUUUUAACUUAAUGGAAAUCUAAUGUCCUGAUAGUGUCUGUCAGAGGGCAGAGAUUAUAUGUAGUGGUGGUGUAGCUGUAUCAGUCCCAGGAUAUUAAAGACAAGGUGAGUGAGGACAGAGACUAUCUUUUCAGCUGGCCUGGCAGACACCUUCCACAUACUGACAGAGGGCUGACCUUAAGCACCAGUGACGUGUAGCAGCACUAGACCCCACACUCAACAUUCAUCCCAUGGCCUUUCUUUGUUCUUGUUUCACACUGUUUCUGUGUGACUGGAGACCAUUCAUCUUUUACAGAAAGAGUAUGUCUAC